ACAGCUUAGAACGAGUUUACAAAUAAAAUUGCAGCUCUUUCAAGGUGGAGGCUAUGGCUAAAUCUGCGGCUGCUGCUUCAAAAUAUGUACAUUUGUAUAUAUGUAUAUGUGCUGGGAUGUACGUACAAUUGGUUGCUUUCAUUGCUUUCACGAAAGCGCAGCUCUACUGGCCAGCCGUCUCACUAAUUGGCGUGAUAUUUAGACUAAAACAAAGAGAUGUUUUUCAAUUUUUCAGCAGGCGCUUGACAUGCAGCCAUGCCAGGCGCAAUUAAGCAUCAAGAAACUUGGCUAGGAGGUAUAUAAUGCCUAAGAUGCAACUGCCAGCACUCAGUCGAUCAUCAAAAGUGCAGCCACAGUGGCAGUACCCGCCCCAGCCGUAGUUCCAUUCAACAUUUUGACCGCUGCAUGCCAUUCAGGAUAGCCGUAGGAAUCACUUCGAUCGAAUCCCACCAGCCCAGAUAUGAUUAAAUACGUGUGGCAUGUGGCAGCUCUGAUGAUUGUCUUCUGUUGGCUGUCAAGUGCGCGUAGUGCCAGUUAUCAGCAGCAGCAAUUGAAUAGCCUGGUCAUGGAUCAGAAGCCUCAACAGCAACAGAAUCGGAUACAGCAGGCAUCGAGUGGCACUAGUCCGGUUAGCUUUUGGAAGGACAUGUCGCUGAUUUAUCGCAUAUAUCAGCAAUGUACUGGUGAAAAUAUGUCCGUUUGUCUAAAGGUGAAACUACUAACUGGCCUGGAAAAGGCUUUCCGUUCGGCAAAAUCAUUGACCCUCUUCGAGGGUGUUCAGUUUGUGAGCAGCAGUCCGGACAAUCAGCAGCGAUCCAAGCUGCCAUCGAUCAGCGAACAGGAUAUUGAGGCUGUACUGCCGCGUGGAGUAGAUGCCAAGGAGCAGGUUCUGAAUAGCAUGAUUAUGAAGCGUGUUGGCAACUUUCUGCAAGAUCACACUCUACAGAUUAAAUUCCCUGAUCUACGCGACACGGAUAGCAACUCUGUAGAGGGACGUAAGAAGAAGAAUAAAAAGGGCAGUGGAGCUUAUAUAAUGAUUCCCUUGCUGCUUGGCGGCACAUUUGUGCCAAUUGCCUAUGGAGCCUUGGCUAUGCUGGCCGGUAAAGCCUUAAUUGUCUCUAAAUUGGCGCUGGUAUUGGCAUCCAUAAUUGGCAUCAAGAAACUAUUGAGUGGCGGCGGCGGAGGUAAGUAA